AUGAGCGACUGGGACGAACCAAAGACAGUCAUCGGCUUCAAGAGGCAGGUAGCAAAGGUUGCCAAAAAAGACUCUGAUAUCAAUGCUGCACGAAGAUCAGGUGCUGUCGUUGCUACUGACAAGAAAGUUGCCGCUGGAGGGAACAAGGCCCAUCAGGGUACCGACCAUCAACGUAUAGCGAAACUUGACCGUGAGAAUGAAGUCGCCCCACCUGCGAAGAUUCUCCCUUCGGUCGGUCGUGCUAUCCAAACUGCUCGUAUGGAUCUUAAACUGUCUCAAAAAGACGUCGCAGCAAAGAUCAAUGAGAAGCCAUCUAUCUUGCAAGACUACGAAUCCAGCAAAGCCAUCCCCAAUCCUCAAAUUCUCGGCAAGCUGGAACGGGUCCUCGGCGUGAAACUCCGUGGCUCAGACAUUGGGAAGAAACUGGAGGGGCCAAAGAAGACAUAG